AUGCCGUUGCUGGACGUCGGAUAUAAACGAAUUCACUAUGUCGAGUGGAGGCCCGCAGGAGAGCAGCCGGCGCGCGAGACGUUCGUCCUGAUGCACGGGCUGGGCUCGUCGCAGAACUACUACUACGCCGUGUGCCAGAGGCUCGUGGCCAGCGGGUUCCGAUGCAUCGCCUUUGACAACACGGGUGCCGGGCGCUCGCCGUACACGGGGAUUGAGCAGAGCGUCGAGGCGCUGGGCGGGGAUGUCAUUGGUGUCAUGGAUGCGCUCGGGGUGCAAAAGGCGGUUUUUGUCGGGCACAGCAUGGGCGGUAUUGUAGGCGCGCAUCUGGCUGCAGAGCGCAGCGAGCGCAUGGUUGCGGCGGUGCUCAUCGGCCCCGUGUAUCCCAACGGCGGGCUGGCAGGCGUGUUUGAAAAGCGCAUGGCGACGGUUGAGGCGCACGGGAUGCAGGCUUUGGCCGACAGCAUUCCGCAGGCGGCGGUGGGGAAAAACGCAUCGCUGCUUGCUCAAGCCAUGAUGCGCGAGCUGCUGCUGGCACAGGACCCGGCGGGCUACGUAUCCAAUUGCCGGGUCAUCGUCAAUGCAGCGGUGCCGGCGUACAGCAGCAUCCGCGUGCCUGUCCUCAUCCUCGCGGGCGACGAGGACAAGAGCGCGCCGGUCGAGGACUGCCGCAAGAUGUUUGGCGAGCUUGGGUGCAGUGACAAGAAGAUGCAGGUUCUGGCGGGCGUGGGGCACUGGCACUGUCUCGAGGCGGCUGACGAGGUGGCGAGGUUGAUUGAGGCGUUUUACCACGAGAUACAGUAA